AUGACAGCAGCUGCUGCUCUACAAAUUGGAGACCAGCUGAUCCUGGAAGAGGACUACGAUGAGAGCUAUAUCCCCUCUGAACAAGGUAGAGAGGAAGGAUACAGAAGGGCAGUAUGGCUCCGUUUCUAGUUGACAGAUCAGUAGACUGUAUGCUACAUUGCUGAAACAGAACUACACAAGCAUCAAACACAUAGGCACAUCUCAAAACCAAGCAAUGCUCUGUUUUACAUAGAUAAGACACAUGCUGUGCUUCAUGACACGUUCACUAACUUAUUUUGGUUGUGUGAGAAGUAAUGUAAUGUUAGCUGGAUAUUUUCCUCACUGCUUUCUUCCCCUCCCCUGUCAGAGAUCCACGAGUACGCACGAGAGAUUGGCAUUGAUCCCAAUCAGGAGUCAGAGCUCCUAUGGCUGGCCAGGGAGGGCAUUGUUGCCCCACUGCCUGCCGAAUGGAAACCCUGGUAAGCAGGCAGGCAUCUGCCACUAUAACAGAAAUGGAGUCUGAACAUGGUGGCGUCGGUCGGUAACAUUCACUCAAGUGAAUUUGAAACCGAACACAAAUAUUCUCACCUGUGUGGUGAAUUUGUGUGUGUCAACACAUUUGUAGAGGGGGGAUGCUUUUUGUGCUACUCCAAUUAAUUGCAGUAAAACAGUACUUUGUGUUUUAUUUUUAACAGUACUUUUUCGAUAGUGAUUCAUUAACCACAAAUAACACAGAUUUGGUCAUACUGACUCAUCACAAUGUCACCCUUGUCUUGCAUGGAUCAGUUGUGUCUUGGUCGUGGUCUCGAUUCACAGUCUUUUUUACUAUGAUCUGAGUUUGAAGACACCUGACAUUGACUCCAUCUCUGGCCCCUAGUAGUGUGUCAACAGUGGUAGACUGCCCAGGAUUCCCAGACACCAUAUACACCUACAAUCAACCUGUCAAAGGAAAACCACUUUCUCCACAUCUUUCCUACUCUAGAGAUCCUUCCUAGCUGGCCUAGUUCAGUGAAUGGUUUCUCAAAUCCCACUGUUAGUGCCACUGUUAUUUUAACGUUCACUGGUCUCUUCUCCCUUCUCUGGGCUCUGAGGUGCUGAAGUGACCCCCUCCUCUCCCUCCUCUCGCAGUCAGGACGUGACGGGGGACGUGUACUACUUCAACUUCUCCUCGGGCCAGUCCACCUGGGACCACCCGUGUGACGAACAAUACCGCAGCCUGGUAAAACAGGAGCGCGAACGAGCCGGCACCCAGCCCCACGGGCCCCCCACCACCGCCGCUAAAAAGGAGAAGAAGAAGAAAAAAGAUAAGAAGGAGAAAAAGAAGAAGGAGAAAGACCAAGAGCUCCUGAAACCUCCAGGAGUGAGUGGGCGUUGUUAUGUUCUGAAAUACACCAAGCGCAUGAAGUGACUCACAACACUGCAGUGCUGUUGUGUGUAGAUGUAUUAGUCUUGAAAUAACUUGAAUUCUAAAUCAUGUCAAAGAAGCACGGCUAUUCCACUUUGUCACUGAGGCGUAGCAGAAAAUGCUGUAAAUAGUAGAAAGGAAACAAAGUACAAAGAGUGGCUUGGCUGGACCAAUACAUUAUUAUAUUAUAUUGUCUUGGUCAUCAACACAACAGUCACAUACUUCUGCUUGGUUGCUUCAUGCCCCUGAGUUGCUAGGUGAUACAGAUAUACCGAUAUAGUGAUUAUCGUAGUGGUAAUAGAGUAAUAAACAAGUCAUUGUCCUAAGUCGUUCUCCAUUUCCUAUGUGUAUCCUUUCUUAACAGUCUGUAUUCAAAGGGGAAAGUCCUGCAUUGAAGGAGAGCCAGACAGAAACAGGGAAGGCCACUCUUGGAUUACAGGGACCCUCUGCACCCACCCAGCCCCCUCUCUCCCCCCUGAACGUCAGCUAUGCUGCCCUCUCUAAUACAGCACCCCCCAGCUUAGCUCCACUAUCCCACCUGUCCACCCUCUCUCCUCUCACCUGGGCUGUAUCUCCUCUCUCCCCCCUGGGUGGGUCUGUCUGCUGCAGUAAGGCCCUAGCGGACGCCCAAGAGAUCCUGGGCCUUUCCCCUGGCUUCUCCAGAGCUUUCUCUGACCCAGUCCCAGAGACUCAGCCUCCACCUGUCUCCUCACACCCUCCCAACACCCCUGGGAGGGGGUUCAAACUGACAUGGGGGCUAGCGCUAUACGAUGAGGAAUGGGACAGGGCAGUGGGGUUUGGCCCAGGGCCCACUGAUGUCACACAGAGCCAAGCUGAUGCAGUUAGUCAUGGUAGUCUCGAGGGGGGAGCAGAGGGCUUUGUCACUGAGGAGGUGGUGGAAUGGAGGGGGGCAGCAGAAGACGGUAGGGAGAGCAGUAGUGAUUUCAGCGACAAGGUGGUCUGUUUAGAAGUGGAGGUAGAGGAAGGAAAGGCUAUUGAACCCCAAUUGCCUUCAUAUGGUCAUUCUACACCUGGGGCAGUGAUGAUGGAAACAUAUGAGGGAAGAGAAAGCCAAGCCAAGCAGGAGGGAAAGUUCAUCCCAGGAGUUCACUUACUUGAUGCCAGGGACAGUGAGCAGGACCUCGUGCCCUACAUGGCCCCCCUCUGUCUCUCCCCUGGCCCCAUGUCCCCCUACCUCUCAGCCGAGAGACAGGGGAUGGGAGAGAGCAUGGCUGAUCCUGUAGGGCAGGGCAGUGCAGGGAGUCGGCAGGUAGGACCACAGAUUACAGACAGGCAAUAGUAAGACAUAGGCUCAGAGCGUAAAGGAAUUGUUGGAGUCACAGGAGAAGGAUUGGUAGAAGCAGAUGAAUGAUGCCAAAUUUGACUCUGUUUCGAUAAGAUCCUUGAAUAUCAUGAUGAUUACUAUUAACCUGACCCCUCUCUACACAACAUAUUUGUUCACGUGUUUCUCUCUCUCUCAGCCAUUGAGCUUGGCCCUUGGGCCCCUGCAGGCCCCGUUGGGGAGCCUGGGGAGCCUUGCUCCUCUACGGGAUCUUGAUGGCCUGGCCUUGAGGGGGUCCCUGGGCAGCUCUGGAGGGCUGGAGCCCCUGAAGAGUCCCCUUGGGGUAAGAGCUUUCACCUUGAUGAAAAAUAAUGAUUGUUAAUUACCUUAUGUACUGUAUUACCCUUAUGCUUAUAGUGUGCUGUAGAGAGUCCUUAACCUUUUACCUCACUAUUUCUCUCCCUCCCUCUCUCUCUCUCUCUCUCUCUCUCUCUCUCUCUCUCUCUCUCUCUCUCUCUCUCUCUCUCUCUCUCUCUCUCGUCAUUCACUUCCUCCCUCCCUUCCUUCAUCCCUCCCUCCCUCCCCCAAGGGUCCUCUCUCAAGCUUGGGGUCCAGUCUACUGGGAGGGCGACAGGAGGAGCGUGUGGCUUUCUCUCUGCCUGGGUUCGAUGAUGAGGAUAUCAUCUCAGAGGAUGAGCAGCUGGUACGUCUUUCAACUGGCAACGUGCAUACCAGAACAGGGCACUGUGAAACAGAAUUUUUGGAGAACAAAAGUGUUUAAUUAGUGGAGUGUAAGUUAGAUGUAUGACUGUCAUGCUGUUUGCAGAGUCCUUGUGGCUCGGCCAGACUGUUACAGAACCUGCACCUGGACUUGGAUGCGUUGGGAGGAGGGCUGCAGUAUGAGGUACAUCACCUUCUUCAUCAUGCACAAUAACACAGCACAAGAACAUCAAAUAGGGGUCAUUCCAUACUCCUAACAGAACACAUACCAUGCUCAUAACAUUACAUAACACACCUACCACUCAACUUGAACUGUGAAGCAUUUCACAGAACAUUUCUAUUUUAUGGCAUAGCCCCCUUGGGACUUUUCACCUACUUUCAACUCCAUCAGUAUAUGAUACCAGUGCAGAUAAGCACAGUCCCAUGUCAUUAUUACAUUAGAAAACCUCUUUGUACAAUGGAUUUAGGCUCAACCAUGUGUGUGUCACCCUGUGUGUUGUGUGGCUAACAGGACAGUGAGGCCAGUGGAGUGGCCCCACUAGAGGAGAGGACAGAACCAGAGCUACAGGACCUGGCCCUGUCUGGAGAGCACAUCCCUGACCCCCCCUCUCAACAGGUAACACACACACUACUGAUGUGGCUCAAUCUAGUACUUCUCUCACUGUCUCUUUCUCUCUUUUCAUCCCACUGUCAAUCAGGUGGUGUAUGUCAGUUUUAGGACUUUCUAGUAGUUUAAACUACAUACUUAGAUAUAUUGAACAGUCUCAAACCCAUGACUAUGUUAUCUGAUCUAUCUGAAGAGAGAUCACGAGAUGCAGACCUAGAUAGAACUGCUCUUGUGUACUAGAUUGCCUUUAACCAAAACCAACACUUGAGGGAUUGUAAGUGUAAGCUAUCAUUGGGAAACUGUGUAUGCCUAUUCAUUAAUUGAGACAUAACAUCUUUGUCAUUUAUCAACUCUCAUAAGUGUGUGUGUGUGUGACUCUAAACAUGUGUUUUGGUUCUUGUGUCUGUAUCUCUUCCUGGUUGUGUAGAUGUUGUGUCAAUGGGAGCUGUGCUAUGGUCACGGCUGCCACUGUUUCUUUCUGUUUGUCACUGUUUGUUUGUUUUCUGUCUGAGUCUUUCAUUUGAUCACCCCUCACGUUGGUCUUAGAGGUCUGUCUGGGUGGGUGUGUGUAUUUAACUGUGUACUUCCUCUGAUUUUGACACACUUCUCUGUGUUGUUUGUUGUUGUUGACAUGACUGUUCUCUUUCGAUGAGCUCUACCUACGGAAUGUGUGAGUGGUUUGCAUGCCGGUCAGGUCCCUGUGUCUUCUCCUUGUCACAAUAUUUUGUCCUCCCCAACCCCCUUUCUCUCCGGGUGCCACCAUCCUCCCCUUCCAACCAAGGACUCCCUUCGUGGACGCCACCUCCUCUCCUCCCCACCACGCGGAGGCAGCAGGGACUGCAGUAGUGCUGGGGUCUGCCCCUCUACCCCAGACCCCCAGCCUGCUAAAACUAGAGACAGUGGUGAGCCAGAUUAUGAGGAGGGGUGGGGAGAGGACGGAGAGAGUGUGGCUGAGGAGGAAGGAGGUGAAGAGGAGGACCAGGGAGAAGAGGGACAAGCGAGUGAGAGGAAGAAAGGAGAGGAAGAGGAGGAGGAGGGAGAGGAGGGCAAGGACGUUGAGACUGAGGUCAGUGAGGAGGUAGAGUGUGAAGAAAAGUUGGAGGAGGGAGAGGAGGAAAGUGAUGAGGUCAUAAAGAGUGAGGAAAAGGGGGAAGGGGAGGAAGAGGGGACUGGUGAUGUUGUUGAGAAUGUCAAUAAAAAGGAGGAAGAAGAAGGAAGUGAUGAAAUGAGAGAGAGAUAUCUUGGAGAGCAAGAAGAGAGUGAUGCGGUAGUAGAGCGACGUGUUAACAAUGAAGAGCUAGAAGUAGAGCAUGACAAACAGGUGGAGGAAAGCAAUGAGCUAGUUGAGAGCAGUGUAAAAAGUGAGGAAGAACAAAAAGCAGAAGAGAGUGGUGAGGGAGUUGACAGAUGCAAUAAAAGUGAGGAAGAAGGAGAGGAAAAAGAGGGGGAACAGGAGGAAGAGAGUGAUGAGGUAGUAGAGAGAUAUAUUAAAGAGGCGGAGGAGAUGGAGGGAGGAGAUGAAGAGGAAAGUGAGGUAGUGGUGGAGAGAUAUUUCAAAAGCAAACAUGUGGAAAGGAAGGAAGAGACUGUCAGAGACAGUAUAGAGGAGGAAGAUGAGGCAAAGGGAGAUGAGGAUAGUGAUGAAGUGGUUGAGAGGUGGUUGAAAGAGGAGGAGGUGGAAGAGGAGGAAGGCAAAGUUGAGGCUGAGGAGGGAGAGAGUGAGGUGGUGGAGAGGUGUGAGGAAGAGAAGGAGGAGGGGUGUAAAGGAGAGGCUGAAGAGAGAGAGAGUGAGGUGGUGGAGAGGUGUGUGAAAAGUGAGGAAGAGGAGGCUGAGGAGGGCGAGAGUGAGGUGGUGGAGAGGUGUGUGAAAAGUGAGGAAGAGGAGGCUGAGGAGGGGGAGAGUGAGGUGGUGGAGAGGUGUGUGAAAAGUGAGGAAGAGGAGGCUGAGGAGGGCGAGAGUGAGGUGGUGGAGAGGUGUGUGAAAAGUGAGGAAGGGGAGGAAAGUGACAAAGUCUUAGAGAGAUGCUUGCUGAGUGAAAAAUGGGCUAGUGAAGGAGAGGAGAGCAGUGAGGAUGAGGUGGAGAGGUGCGUCAAAAGCGAAGGAAAAGAAAAGGAAGGAGACAAACUUGAAGAAGACAGCGAUGAGGUGGUGGAAAACUGCAUUCAGACCAUGCAAGCCUCACUGAAACCAAAAACAUCCACAAGCUCAGAGGAAGUAAUCGAGAGAUUCAAACCACAAACGGUCCAAGCUAGGUCACUGGGGCAGAAGAAGAAGUUAGCGAACCUUAAACAAAGUGACAAAAUGGAGGUGUAUGUGGGGAAGAAGAAGAAUGUGCCCAAACACAGCCCUCUACCAGCAGAGGUAGGGGUUUGGUGUGCUUUGACCAUGUCGUGGCCCCUGCCCUGUGUGCUCCCACUCUGCAUGCACCUCUGCCCCUCUCUCAGCCAAAGGAGACACCAAUCCACUCCCUGAGGGGCUGUGUGUGUCCCAAGUCCCAACCCUGGUGAAUCCAGCACCCCAGUCUCCCUCUCACAUCACAUUGGUGUCUUUGGUCUUUACACAUGUUUUUGCCAGUCCACCAAACCUCCAGCCAUUGGGCUUCUAACACUUGAGCCCCUGAGGACUGGAUUGGAAUAUUCUGGUCCCCUUGCCAGUUUUGCAUUCAUCCCUCUUCCUCCAGAGCUGAGAACUGCAGCCCUAUCCUCUCAGCCAGCCCCCCAGGCAGCCCCAUCCUCUCAGCCAGCCCCCCAAGGCAGCCCCAUCCUCUCAGCCAGCCCCCAAGGCAGCCCCAUCCUCUCAGCCAGCCCCCCAAGGCAGCCCCAUCCUCUCAGCCAGCCCCAAAGGCAGCCCCAUCCUCUCAGCCAGCCCCCUAGCUGCCCACCAUCUCAGACAGCCCCAAAGGUAGCCCCGUCCUCUGUCCAAACUGCAGUGCUGUAGCCAUUGUUUCUUUGUCUCUACUGCCUGCUUGACCAGCCCUGUGUCUGAGUGGUAGGGGCAUUUUGUCUGACUCUUUUCCUCUUGUCUGCCCAAGCUUUGCUGAUCAAGCCAUGGGAUGGCUGCUCUGUGCUGUUGACUAGUGUAUUGUCCCUUUGCUGCUGUACUUGCUUUGCCCUACUACGGUAGCCUUCAUAGUUGCUGUGUGUGUCCUCCUGUUUGACUGGGUGUGUGUCGCUGAGAAUGGCAGCAUGCAUCCAUGUUUUCUAUCUGUCUGUGUGUGAGUGCAUGCGUCUGUGUGUGUCUGUCUGUGUGUGUGUGUGUGUGUGUACACGGUGUUGAGGUGAUACGGUGGCACUAUGCUUCAUGUCAGUGACUGAGUGUGUGUUUACAUCAACAGUCCGAGGCCAGCGAGCACAUCGAGGUGGCAUCCUCCUCCACUGAGGACCUCAAGGUACUUUUUUAUGGAUUGAGAACAUGUCCCUAUAGAUAGGCCUAUAGAAUAGAUACUUUAUAAUGUACAAUUUUAACAGAUAUUAUCAAAGGGAAUGUUUAGUAAAGACUAACAGUGUUGUGUUCCAUUUUCCCUUUAGUCUGGUUUUGGCUCCAAGUUGUCAGAGAAAGUCCUGGAGCUGAAGGAUCUUUUCCCUGCUGUUAGUCCACGCCUGCAGGUACCACACUUUCUCCUCCUCUCCUUCUCUUCCUCUCCUUUCUUUUUCUCACUCGCUCACCCCUCUUCACCCUGGUUCUCCUCUUCACCUCCUUCCUCACUUGGGUGUUCUCAGUCACAGUGGUUGUCUGGCUGUCGAGUUUGUAGGCACAGUUUGUACCGUUCUUUUAUUUUGAGAGUAACACUCACAUCAUGCCAUGUAGAGUUAGAUGUUAGCGUUUGCUAUUCAUCUAAAAAAAAGUAUAUUUUCUCCAGGAAGACGAGGGGAAAGUGAAAGUCAGUGCGGAGGAGGAGAAGGAACGGAGGAAGAGGGCAGAAGCUGCAGAGAGGUUGGCAGACAAGCCUUUCUGAUUCUGAUAAAUGCCCAUAUUUCCGGAUUUGAAAUUUGGAACACACAUUGUGAUACAAGCAUAAUGUCAUUGUCAUUGGUGCAGUAGUCUGCCUCUGGCACAGAUCAGCAAGUCUAGAGCUGAGACAAGUAAUUUAUCUGACUUCCCUCCCCUUUCUCUCUUUCUCUCUCUCUCUCUCUCUCCCCGCCCCCACUCUGCAGGCGUCUCCAUGCUGCAGGCAGGGAGGAUCCAGCAAUGGAGGACAGGCCCCCCAGCCAGCCCAGUGAAGCCCAUCAGGACACAGGGUCCUCCCAUUCUGAGCCGGAGCCCCGGCCGCGGGCCGAGGGGGUCAGCACCAGCGCCAGCCUAGGGGUGCCGGGGGUCCAGGGGAUCCAGCGUCCUGACACCUCCAGAGGCUGCCUGGUUAGGAGCCCCCACGCCCACAACCAGGAGGAAGCCCCCAGACAGGGGGAGGACAGCAGAAGGGCCCAGGAGGAGGAGGAGAGGGAGAAGGAGAGGAGGAAGACUGAGAGGGAGAUAAAGGAAGAGAAGGAGCGUGCGCUGCGCGAGAGGCAGGAGAAGGUGCGCUUCCUUCAGGAGGAGCUGAGGCGGGAGGAGGAAGAGGAGGAACGGAGGCUGAAGGAGGAGAGCGAGGAGAGGGUCAGGUAGGCCUUCAGGCAGCAGGCCACAGAGUAGUCAACCUCCCUCACUCUCCACUGUUAUAGUAGUAUUUGUGAGCUGUGAUGCUUCCUGCCCUCUAAUGCCCUGUGAUGGGUGAGUGAUUGUGUGAGGAUGUGACUCAAUGUUGAUGCUUAGGCCUGUGUGACAGUGCUGGUUAUCUCACCCGCUGCUGUGUGUGUGUGUCCUUGUCCUGACCGGUCUUCCAGGAGCCUGAGGCAGAGACUCCAGAGUAAGGGGAGGGAAGAGGAGAGCAGGCUGAGUGUGGAGUCUGAAAGCAGGCUACUGGAGCUGAGGGAGACGGCCCGGAGGGAGAGAGAGAACCAGCAACGCACUGUCAGGUGACUCAUCUCAUCUCUCUCUACUAUUCAUCCAUUUGCUUAAGCACACACACACAUUCAUUGGCAUGACAGCCAUCUCCCUGGAGUGCUGCACUGACCCUUAGAUCACAUGCCCAGCGACCAUAGCCGUAUUAAUAUGACACUACGUCACAUAACUAUUCUGUGCCUAGGCUAUACUAUUCUUACUACACAUACAGUAGGUAUAGCAAUACUGCUUGGUCACUGUAAAAAACAAGACAAAAAAAUAUUUGAGCUAGAAAUGAUUGUGUGUGUGUGCGUGCUUGCUACGUUUGUUUGUGUGUGUGUUGUUUUUAUCAGGGAGGAGGGCGAGGCGAUGCUGAGGGAGCUGCGUGCCACCCUGGAGGCGGAGAGAGAGGCGGAGCGAGAGAGGAUAGCGGCCCAGAGGAGGCGGGACCUGGAGCGACUGAGGGAGGAGUCAGAGGAGGAGCUACAUGCAGAGAAGCGGAGACUGCUUGGGGAGCGGGAGGAGCAACUCAGCUCCCUCAAACAGGAGGUGAGAGAGGGGGAGGGGAGAGUGGCGAUGGGGGUGGGAGAAGGGAGAGGUGGAGGUAUAGGAGAGGGGCCUUCCAAUACACACCUGUACUCGAAACAACUGAAUGUGAACUGUCUGGACUCAUGUAUUUGAGUUUUUGUGUGGGAAAUACAUGGAGUGAGUCUAGGAUAGUGUGUGUGUGUGUGUGUGUGUGUGUGUGUGUGUGUCACACAGUGUGUUGUUGUGUUCCUUAGGGGAGAAGCAGUGCCAGUGAGAGGCGGAGGGAGUUGAAGAGCCCUCGUAGCCCAGAGCAGCAUCUAGCAGAGUACCAAAGAGAGGUGAGAGAGCACACACACACACACACACACACACACACACACACACACACACACACACACACAUUACUUCCCACACAAAACCUUAGCCCCUCAUCUCACUCACUGCAUAUACACAUAUUACAGUAUUAUAACAGUAUGUCAGUCUAAACCCUAUGUAGAGUGUUGUGACAUUAUGUAUCCCUCCCACUCACUGUGUCUUGGUCCAGUUGGCAGACGUGCUCCAGGAAGUGAGGGAGGAAGUGCAGCGUGACCACGCCAGGAAGCUGGAGCAGCUCAAAGACGACCACCGCAGAGAACUCAACUCUAUCAGAGAGAAUCAUGUGGACCAGGUGAGACACAGUUCAAAGGUCACAGCUUCUUGUAACUGCCAGCUCCUACUGUCAUUGUUGCUUUGGCUGUUGCCUCUGCACUGUCCUUACAUGUAAUGCUGCAGUUAAAUAUUGUGGAAAGUAACUCAUGAUCUAUUUGUGUGUGUGUGUGCGUGCGUGCGUGUGUGUGUGCGCAUGUCUGCAUGUGUGUGUGUUUGUCCUCCAGGAGGCUGUCCAAAGGGAGCAGUUGCUGUGUGCCCUGCAGGAGGAGAGAGAUCGCCUGCUGGCCGUCCACAGCACCCAGCUGGAGAGACUCCGUACACAGCUAGACACCCAGCUCUCCAAGACCCGCCAGACACACACACGCAAGGUGAGGACAGAGAGACACACACACACACACACACACACACUCCCAUGUAUCAUCUCUAAACACCUAAAGUAUGUCAUCCCUCAGGAGGCAGAGAUUCAGGAGCUGGGGGACAAGCUGGAGCUGAGGGCCAGAGAACUGAAGAGCCAGGAGGCAAUACUGAAGACCCAGGUAAUCAAUCAAUGACUGUUGCAUUGAUAUGUGUAUUCGUGACUAUCUGAAACGCUUGUCCUAGGCUAUGGAUUGAUUGAUUACUGUAUGUGGUUGGGCGCUGUUGAUUAAAGGACAUAUACGUUUGGCACUUUUCAGGCAGCGAAUUUGAAGAAGAGGAGGCAGCAGCUUGGGGAUGAAGAGGAUGAGAUAGACAGAGGAAUAGAGGUGAGGAUUCAUCAUCAUCAUCACCUCUGUCUUCAUCAUGCUGUAGAUAUUAAGCCUGUGAUGUUUUCAGGCUCUGCCUCGAGUCAUGCAGGAGAGAGAUGGACUGAGAGAGGAUCUGGAGCGGGUGAAAGAAGAGAGGGAUAGGGCGAGGCAGGAGGCGGAGAGAGCGAGGGAGGAGAGGACCAAAGCGAGAGACGAGGCGGAGAGAGCGAGGGAGGAGAGGGACAAAGCGAAGGAGGAGAGCAGGAGGAUGAAGGAGGAGCGGGACCGGCUGGAGAGCAAGGUGGAGCUGCUGCAGGAGCGCUGUGAGAGUCUGAGCCGCAGAGUCAGGUACACGCACACACACACACACACACACACACACUUGGCCUGUUAGUUGGGGUCAACCUCCGUUCACUCCUGUUUCAUUGUCAUCUUGCAGCUGGCAGUAGCAUGUCUUCCAGAGUUAGUGUGAGACUUCAAGUCUAGCUUGCCAGACUACUGAGCUCUUUGUCAAGCGGUUGAUCAAGUCAUACUAAUGGUUCAAUGUUAUCCCAAUACCAGUACUUUCUCAGUGAUGAACAUAUGAUUCUAUUGCAGUGAUCUGGAGCAGAGUGAGAUCAAGAGGCCCUCUAGACUGGACAGAACAGAGGAGGAGGUGGAGAGGGAGAAGGAUAGCGAGGCAGCGCCCUCUACUGCUGGACGGGAGAAAGUGCUGCAUGUGGAAGACCUGAAAGAACCGCCUCUCUCCCCCAUCUCCAGAGACAGCGAGAGCAGCUUGGACGAGUAUGUGUGUGCGUGUGUGUGUGAGUCAGAGCAUGCAUGUUGCACCCUUCUAUCCUGACUAACUUCUAUGUGUGUGUGUGUGUGUGUGUGUGUGUGUGUGUGUGUGUGUGUGUGUGUGUGUGUGUGUGUGCCUGUGUGUGUCUCCCUCUUCCUGUCCCUCUCCCAGCUUGCGUCAGUAUAUCUCCUCUGAGGGGCUGUCCCUGCAGAAGGCCCGGCGCUUCCUGGAGAGGGAGAGUGGUCGUCUGAGGGAAAGACAGACAGCGCUGCAGCUAGCCCAGGCCCGGUCCAGCUCCUCUCAGUACCCCAGCACCACCACCCAAACCCAGGCCACACAGGAGAUGUACAGGAACCUGCAGCAGGUACGUGUAAGUGUGACUCCCUUAUCCCUUAUAGACUCCUACACUCUGCCCCAGUGCCCUUGUGUUGAACAUUCAUGAAGUGAGAGAGUAUGCAUGACUACCGUGUGUAACUGUCCCUGAAUCUCUCUCUCUUUCUCUCCCUCUCUGUCUCUCCCUCUCUGUCUCUCCCUCUCUGUCUCUCCUUCGUUUCCUCUUCUGUUCCUCAGGAGGCCAGUGACGUGGAGGAGUUGCGGGUGACUGUACAGAGGGGGAACUCGUUGUUACGCAGGAAGGAGGAGAGACUGCAACAGCUAGAGAGCUCUGUAGCUGAAGAGGUGCCUUAUUACGACACCAGAAAACCUUUAUAUACCACAUAUCCUGUCCCCUGUACACCACCUAUACUACAUACCAUGCACAUAACCUUAUACAUACUGGAAUAGAUUGCUAAUAAACAACACACUAUACACUGAGUGGACAAAACAUUAAGAACACCUGCUCUUUCCAUGACAGACUGGACCAAGUGAAUCCAGGUGAAAGCUAUGAUCCCUUAUUGAUGUCACUUGUUAAAUCCACGUCAAUCAGUGUAGAUGAAGGGCAGGAGACAGGUUAAAGAAGGAUUUUUAAGCCUUAAGACAAUUGAGACAUGGAUUGUGUAUCUGUGCCAUUCAGAGGGUGAAUGGGCAAGACAAAAUAUUGAAGUGCCUUUGAACGGGGUGUGGUAGUAGGGGCCAGGUGUACCGGUUUGUGUCAAGAACUGCAACGCUGCUGGGUUUUUCACACUCAACAAUUUCCAGUGUGUAUCAAGAAUGGUCCAUCACCCAAAGGACAUUCAGUUAACUUGACACAACUGUGGGAAGCAUUGGAGUCAACAUGGGCCAGCAUCCCUGUGGAACGCUUUCAACACCUUGUAGAGUCCAUGCCCUGAUGAAUUGAGGCUGUUCUGAGGGCAAAUGGGGGUGCACCUCAAUAUUAGGUUCCUAAUGUUCCUAAUGUGUUGUACACAUACAUAUUGUGUAUGCGUUUUUACAUUACAUUUUUGUCAUUUAGCAGACACUCCUAUCCAGAGCGACUUACAGUCAGUGCAUUUAACUUAAGGUAGCUAGGUAAGACAAUCGCAUAUCACAAUCAUUGUAAGUAAAACUUUCCUCAAUAAAGCAGUUAUCAGCAAAAUCAGUGAUGGUAAGAGAAGACAAGUGUUAGUGUUAGAAAGGCAAGUACAAAAGUAUGGAGUUUGUUUUUUCUCUUGCUUUCCCUUGCCCAGGUCUCCCAUCAUCACUACUAUGAUGACCAGGACAGACUAGCGGCUGAUAGGAAGGUGACCUUUGAUGUGACUGAAUCAGAUAUGAGCAGCGUCAGCAACGGCCAUGAUGGCCUAGGUGAGAGAGACAGACAUACGGGAAUAUUCAUUCCUUACACACUCACAACAGGAAGGCCUGUACUCCUCCUCUGCCAUAUUCUUAUCAUACUCUCUCUCUCUCCCCCUUCAUUGUUCCUCCUUUUUUCCCCUUUCGCCCACUCCUUCCUUCCUUUCUUUCACACCUCGUCCCUUGCUUUUCUCCCUCUUUCUUCUCGUUUUCUGACAUUCGCUCCCUUUCACUCAAGCACUCUCUCUCCCUCUCUUUUUCCCUCUCUAUCUCUCCACUCUAGGUGGAGAGCCCACAGUGCCAGCUAAGGUGCAGCACUUAACCGAGUCGCUCCAGCACAUCUCUGGCCAGCUCAACACAGUCCUGGGUGCCCUGGGCUCCCUGACCCAACGCCAGACCCCUUACCAGCCUCUCCCCCUACCCCUGCCCCUCUCCCAGCCCCGCACCCCCACCUCAAUGCCUCUUUCACAGCUCUCCAUGCCUUUGUCUGGGCCCUCCUGGGCGUGGGCCCCCCACAGCACCUCCACCCAGCCACGGGGUUCUGAGGACCUGCUCAACAGCCGCUGGGCCAAGCUCUUCCCUGGUACACCUGAACCAAAGAGCUACAAUAUCAUAUAUGUUAUAUUAAAUAUGCGUUCUAUUUAAUUAUGUCGUCUGAAGAACUCUCUGUUCAGUGUUUGUGUAGUUUCAGGUAGGGUGAGUUGUUGGUUUAUUGGUUUAAGACUACACUUAUCUUUGUCCCUUCUUCCAUAGGGGCUCCUAUUGAGCCCAUAGCCACCAGUUCAUUGAGGACCAAUGCACUUUAUUCAGGGUACAGUCCUGCAAGGUAAAUAUGAUUUUUUUUACUCAACUGUCACUCAUCCCUUUCACAGUAGUCUAUCUUGUUGAAUGAAGGUACUAAAGAAAUGUGUGUUUGUGUGUGUUAGUGAGCAGGCUCGUAGUCUGUCCUCAAUGCAGCCUAAAUCAGUGGAGAUGGAUGGCCAGAGGCUACAGGGUAUGAUCGAUGGCAACAAGAGAUGGCUGGAGACGCGCAGGAAAGACCCCAGUGUGUAUCCUUCUGUAAACAUACUUACACACACAACAUUGAACAACUUAUAAUGGAGCUUGGUUCAGUCUUGUAAAUUUCCUUAACAGGUUUUCAUCAGACCUCUGUUCACGCGUUAUCGGACCCCCCCAACUAUGAGUGGACUGGUCCAGCUGAGCCUGGAUGACAACAACCAGAUUAAAGUGUACCAUUACUAA